GGUCCAGACCGGAAGCAUCGUGUGUGUCUUCAUGCUAGUCAGAGAGCAGCUCUCCUUCAGCUCAGAGAGACGCAGAGAAGAUGGCGGCGCUACGAGUCGCGGUGCAGUCAGGGACCGGGAGAGCCCUCCUCAGCACGGCGAAAACGAUCAAGACCCCCGUGGCCAACAUGUCCUUCGCCAGCCUGCCUCGCCACAAGAAGGUUGCCCUGACGACACUAGGCGUGGUCACAGCCGGUGGGGCGGGACUCGCUCUGAUGCUUCACCAAUCCGUUAAAGCCUCCGACCUGGAGCUCCACCCCCCGAAUUACCCUUGGAGCCACGCUGGACCUCUGUCCUCUCUGGACCAUGCUAGUAUUCGUCGUGGUUACCAGGUGUAUAAGCAAGUGUGUUCAGCCUGCCACAGUAUGGAGUACCUGGCCUUCAGAAACCUGGUGGGAGUGUCGCACACGGAGAACGAGGUUAAGACCAUCGCUGAGGAGGUUGAGGUAGUGGACGGUCCUGAUGAGAGCGGAGAGAUGUUCACCCGGCCAGGAAAGCUGUCGGACUACUUCCCAAAGCCCUACGCCAACCCUGAGGCAGCCCGGGUCGCCAACAACGGAGCCCUGCCUCCAGACCUCAGCUACAUCGUCAAUGCCAGACAUGGAGGAGAGGACUACGUGUUCAGCCUGCUGACAGGAUACUGCGAACCUCCAGCUGGAGUGGCGUUGAGAGAAGGACUCUACUACAACCCAUACUUCCCUGGCCAGGCCAUCGGCAUGGCCCCGCCCAUCUACAACGAGGUGCUGGAGUUCGACGACGGAACCCCCGCCACCAUGAGCCAGGUUGCUAAAGAUGUGUGUACGUUCUUGAGGUGGGCCGCCGAGCCGGAGCACGACCAACGCAAACGCAUGGGACUGAAGAUGCUGAUGGGCGCCGGCAUCCUCAUCCCUCUGGUCUACUACAUGAAGAGGCACAGGUGGUCUGUGAUGAAGAGCAGGAAGAUCGCCUACAGGCCUCCCAAGUAAACGGAAACACACGCACCCCGACCUGGGCCUAAAACCUACCAGAGAGCGCUGCGUUCAACGACCCCACGACACUCGCCUCACAAUGACCAUACGGACAAAUAACAACACCCACAUGCCUUUCUAAGAGGGGAAAGAGAAAUGAGAGUGUAUAUAUAUAUAUAUAUAUAUACUACCUAAAGAAGAAUGUUUUUAGUUGUUGGCGCGGUAGAACCAAUUUUUUCCUUUUAUCUGGAAUGCUGUGUGUCAGAGAGUUGUGGCGUUCUUGAACGCACCCUCCACAAAUUGUGUUUGUCGGAUCUGCAUCGAAUCAUCACUGGCAGCGGUUCAGGUCUUGACAUCUCGUAUCAGACACCAUUGACUGAUAAAGUUGCUGGACUGCCCGUCUCUGUAAGAUACUCAGUAAUCACACAAAGCGCUGAGAAAUGGUUGCCGUCAAAGUUCGUAACAAUCCCGGGUGUGUUUAAAUUCAUCCUCCCCCCUGUCCUCUCCACAAAGCCAGUCAGUGGAUGCAAUGCAACCUCUGUUUUACUGUACAAAAUAAAUUAUCAUAAAGGAAACCUUUGUGUGUCCGUUUUUGUUUCUAGCAGCGGUAGACGUUACACACACACAAACAGACACCUCUUAAAGCUGCCAGUGUUGUUCUGAUCAUUUCUGAAUCUGCUUAUACGCUUCGUCAUGUAAAUAUUUAAUAAAGUGGUGAAUGAACAAA